AUGGAUGACCUAUUGAGAGAAGCAACAGAAGCAAGCAACAGCGCGACCCCCGCGCUCUUCUCGCAGACAGAAAAUACCGGGCUCUUGGUGCUCAACGGGAUCAGCAUACUCUGCAGCCUGUUCGUAGUCGGGUUCAUCCACAUGUAUCGGCAAACAAUCUCGGUGGUGGCCGCGACACGGCUGCGUGGUCGGCGCAAAAGCAUUAUGCGGCCGCGCGGCACCCAGGCGGCGAUGUACCUGUCACUGCCCGCGUCCCUGAGGCUGCUGUUCGUGGCCUCGAUUAUAGACGUGCUGUACAGCUGCUUCCGGAUAUACAACCUAUCGAUCAUGAUGCCUGGGUUCAGCGGCGACCACCAGGCACACUGCAAGGCGUCGAUGGCCGGAAUGACGUUUUUCAACCUAAUGUCGGUCUUUGUCAGGGCGCUGCUCAGCGUGCAUCUGCAGCUGGUUAUCCUCAGCAACGUGCAGCGCGUAAUGGCCUACGAGCGGCAUUUCCUGGCAGUCGCUGGCUGCGUUUCGGCGAUGAUGGCCGUGGUGCCCGUAAUCACAGGCAACUACGUGUGGCUGGAUUUCGACCCGACAUUAGGCUCGGGGCACUGCGGGUACUUUCAGUUCAAGCUGGGCAAGAAGGCAAUGGGCUGGAACGAGGCAGUUGCACGGCAGGCGGUGCAGAAGGGGCUGGCUAUUAUGUGGGCGACCAACUUUGCGUGGAUGACGCUGACCGUAUUCUACGGAGUCUUUGUGAUUGGCCGGCGCGAGUUCUGGUCGAUGGCGACAAAGGUAGUGCGGCGCAUCCUGCAAUUCCCGCUAAUGGUGGUUGUCUGCCACGUGCUCGAGGUCGUCUACGGCAUGGGGAUGCUAUCGACAGCACUCAAGUUAAUGAACGACGGGGUGCUGAGCAACGACAACCCGGAGAAAAACCACGGGCUGACAAAGCUCUACCUGGCCGCGCAGAUCAUGCUUGGCAUGGAAGGCAUCAUCACGCUGUUUUUCCUGCCGCUCGAGCCGCCUAUCCGCCUCAUGCUACGCAGCGAGUAUCUGCGGCGCAAAAAGACCGUUCACCAGGGAAUCGGCAGGUGCCGCAACACGUACCGAAACGCAACGAUGCGCAAAAAGCCCGUCCCGUGCCCCGUCUGCGACGAUGACAAGAACACCGCCGCACAGAGCCUGCCGCCUCCGCCGCCCGUUUCCCUGGCGCCCUCGGUCAGCUCCCAGGUCCCGCUGACCGAGAUGCCGCAGGUGGGCUCACCAACGCCCACGCUGCGGCCGGUUAGGCGCGCGCCGACCAUCGACAGCCUCCAGUGGGACGUGGUGUUCGUGGGGGGCACGCAUGACCUGGAGGAUGACGUGGCCAGCAACAUUCUAGCUCUGCGCAAUGAUGGACUGCCUGCGCAACAGUGGUUUGUGCCCAUCAGGGCAAAUACCGAGGAGCCAUUGGCGCACGCUCGCAGCAGCCGCACGCUGCUGUCAGAAGACAGGGAUGCUUGACGCCUGCCUGCUCCCCUCCCCAAAAACGCAUGGCGGGUGACCACGAUGGAAUCGAUUGUGGCCAGAUCGCAGGCACGAUAAGGCAUGUCGAGGAUGCAUCCCCCAACAGCAACACCAUGUAUAUCAUGUAUUUUUACUACUUAUAAAUAACACCGUCC